AUGCAGAAUGACGAGCAAGUGUGGAGGGUACUUGAAGCCAAGUCCGCCGAGGAAAGCGAAAUCUACAGAAAACAAUUAGCGUUGCUGCUUGAGAUACGACAGCAGCUUCGUCAAAUGUUUCCCGUAACUCAAGAUACCAUUGAGCUUGCGCUACAGCCUGCACCUGCAAAGCAUCCAGAAUCUUUACACUGUGAUGCCCAACAAACCCCAGUGGUACCUAAGCAAUCGUUUGGACUAGUAGCCGUAUCCUAUAAUUUUAAGAACCUCCCGGCACUAUCGGAGAAAACCAAAGAGGUGGCAAUAUCGCUGUUCGACAGUCUAGUUGGCCAACGCUUCAACCACUUUUCGCAAAGGGGCUCCAAGCUGCUGCUGAACCCUUCAGUUAUUGAGUUCCAAGAUACCAUGAAAGAGCUCAAGAAGUUAUGCGCUGACGAACCAGAUUCUUCGUUUUUCAUGUGCUUGUCGACUCAUGGUGCUCGAGUUACUCGCGGUGCCAACGAGGGGUCAUAUGUGCUGUUCAGUGAAACGAGGCUUUCGUCAGAGGAAGAGCUAGUCCUAACGGCCAUUCAUGAACGCGAGCUUGCUGAAAUGAUUAAUGAUAUUCCGUGCAAGAACAAGUUUAUUGCACUCGAGCUUUGCCAAAUCCAAGAAACCAAAGACAGAGUCGACGAUGAUACUGAGACGAUUCAUCACCGUAUCCAUGAGCAGUUUUUCUCACAGUUAUACGAGCAAAUUGUGCAACUACGACUUCAGGGCUUACCUGAGAGCGGAAAGCGCCUACCUUCAAACGAAAAAAUUCAUGAGAAAGCAGUGCGAACCAACCCCAAGUUACUUAAUGUCAUAAUGGUGGAGUCGUGUAACGUGAACACCGAGGCCCCAGUUCGAGCAAAUGAAGAGCGCGUAAGCAACUUUUUGCUUCGAUUUCGUGAUGCAUUUCGGGGAGCCGCAAUAAUACCAGAGCUGGACAAAGAAAAUGGCUUUGAGCAAGAUCCUCGCCCGUCGCUUUUUGCUAAAGACGUGCUAAAAUAUGUUUGCAAGGCUAUUCGCGAGGAUGCUGCAAAGCACAACGCUCUUGUCCACUCUGAAUACAAGAGUCAGGUUCGAACAAGAUAUGAACACGCUGCCGAGUUCCAGGAUAUAACUCAAACACCUUCUGUAUUAGGUGCUGAGCACGCGACUGACUUCGGACUAGGGGAAAUACCAGAACCACCAACCGUAUCGCUGGCGCCACCUUUAUUCGUCUCGUCAACUUUAAACAGCAUCACUUUAACAUGGGCCACACCCGUUUCAAGUACUGAGGUUCCGACUGUGCUCGGAUUUCACAUCCAACGCCGUGGUUUCGGUCGGGCUUGCGCCGAUGGAGCAGGUGAAGCGAGUGUUUGGAAGAGAGCUGCUGCUUUCCAAGUCUUAUGCUACGAGGACGUUGCGAGAAACGGAAUGAUUCCUCCCACGACAGUCACAAUAUUUGGACUAGCAACAGAUACAGCUUACUGUUUCAGAGUUCGCGCACGGACUGCUGGAGGCUGGGGGCCAUUUUCCCCCUCCACGACAGGUUAUCGUACACAGUCCGCUACUUCUACACUGGACCAGCACGAAGCCAUUCGACUUGCUGCAACCCGGGAAGGUGCAAAGGGUAUCGCAAAACUGAUGGACAAGCACAAGAACGCUGGUGCUGUCCAACGAUAUGCGGCAGAAAUUCUAGCGACGAUGGCAAUGAAAGGGAGCUCGUCAGUUGGUGGGCGAAAUGGUGGUAUGGGAUCACUUGAACCUACCGAUUUGCCCGUUGUGAUCGCCGUUCGAAAUGCGAUGCUGAAAUUCAAGAAGGAUAUGCAUCUCCAGCGACAAGGUUGUCUUCUGCUUGGACGUCUUGCAGGAUGUAGUGCAUCCUGGAACAGAGCACUCCAGUCAAUAGGAUCGCCGUCAAUUUCAAGUAUCCUACAGAGUAUUGCAAGUCGAACUGAAUGUGACUACAACAGCGAACUCACUCGCACUGCUGCUUGGGCUCUCAAGCAAGAACAAGUUGGAUCAGUAUCUUUGCGGCAAAAACCACAGCGAGUACUCACUGAGAACGAAGCUGCGGUUCGACUUCAAGGUCUCUAUCGAUGUCGAAAAGCAAGAGAGGGUGUACGAGCGCUGGCACGUUUGGUGUACGCCCAAGCGAUUGAUCCAACAACCGGCAUGGCCUACGUUUACAACACACGCACGGGAGCUACGUUUUGGGAACUGCCGCAGUUCGCUUCGUAACGAGAACUGGAGUGAAAUGAAUAGUAUUAUCCUCUAUCUUCAAUGCCAAACCUGGUCAGG